UCCGGCAACGGACGGGUAGCUACUUGCUCACUUCUCGGAGGAGGACCUGCUCCUGGUGGUCCUGAGGGCGGCGGGCCAAGGGCGACCCCGAAAGUAAGAGGCUGCUUGUGGCAAUCCGCAGGUCUCCGGGGCUAAGUGUCGCGGCGAGAAUCCGGAGGAGGAGGAGACUGCGAGGAUAGGCCCAGGAGUAAUGGAGUCCAAAAUGGAACAAGUAAAAAAUCUCAACAUGGAAAAUAGCAAACAAGAAAAUGAAGGAGGAGAUCAGGCCACCGUGCAGAAUGAAGAGGAACCCCGCUAUUUGGGAGGGGGUGAAGGCCGGAAGCCUGUUACAACUGUCAGACGGGGGCGGGUUUGGCGACUGGUCCCUAAUUUUCGAUGGGGUAUGCCUAAUAAGCAUGUUGAUUACAAUGAAGCAGGAGAUAAUGCAGAAAAGUUUGUAGGGCAGAUGAUGGAAAUCAAGAGAAAAACUAAGGAGCAGCAGGUGAGGAACUAUAUGCGAUUCCAAACUCCUGAACCUGACAAUCAUUAUGACUUUUGCCUCAUACCUUGAAUCUUAAGGUUUUCCUUUAGGUUAAUAAUGCCACUGCUUUACAAACCUGUAUUUUUGUGAUUUACUUUUUCUGUAAGCCUUCUGGUGUUUCCAUUCGAUGAGUUUUAAUUGACUAUUUUGUGACAUUCUGAAAGUUUCUGUCAGCUUGGCAUUUUCACCCUUUUUAGGAAAAUAUUCUUUUCCUAAUAUGAAAUUAAUA